UUCAGAUGGUGGCGGUAAAGCACUAAUAAACUAGUCUGCCAACCGCCAAUAAACAUUAGAAGAGGAAGAAGAGAGAAAGCACACAGCAGCUGUGCAGAGCGACCUGCAGAAACUGUGUGAGAUCAUAAUAAAGCACGGAGAACAGGCUAAAGACUGCACUUUAGAGCGGACGGGGAAGCCUGAAGACCUCGAGGACAAGCAGCGAUAUAGAUAUUGAGUUCUGGUCUCGGUGAGAUAGACUUCAUAAAAGACCGGCGAGAACAUGGAUGGCCCAGAACCCUGCAGAAUAAAACAAGAUGAUGGUGACGAACACAUAGGCCUGAUGGAAGAGAACAAGGUGAUUGAAGAACUGAUGGAAGCGGGGGAGAAACACCAUGACACUUGCCCUCAGUGUGGAGAGAGUUUCUCAUGCGAACAAAGUCUUAAUCUUCACAUGAAAUUUCACAGUGGAAUGGAGCCGUACGCAUGUGAUCAGUGCGAGAAGACUUUCACGCAAAAAGUUAACCUUGCCAAACACAGUAAAAUCCACACUGACGAGAAGCCACACGCGUGUGAUCAGUGCGGGAAGAAGUUCAGAAAUAAAGGAAACCUUAAUGAACACAUGAAAAUCCACACGGGAGCGAUGCCGUACGCGUGUGAUCAGUGCGGGAGGAAAUUCAGACAUAAAGGAAACCUUAAUACACACAUGAGAAUCCACGCUGGAGAGAAACCCUUCGCAUGUGAUCAGUGCGGGAAGAAUUUCAGACAUAGAGGAAAUUAUAAUGAUCACAUGAAAAUCCACUCUGGGGAGAAGCAGUACACAUGUGAACAGUGUGCUAAGAGUUUCAUACAAAAAGGACAGCUUAAUGAACACAUGAAAAUCCACACUGGAGAGAAGCCCUGGAGAAUAACCACUGGAGAGCCGCACGCAUGCACUCAGUGUGGAAAGAAGUUCAGACAAAAACACCUCCUUAAUGAACACAUGAGAAUCCACACUGGAGAGAAGCCGCACUCGUGCGAUCACUGUGGGAGGAAAUUUAGAUAUAAAGGAAACCUGAAUACACACAUGAAUAUCCACACUGGAGAGAAACCCUUCGCAUGUGAUCAGUGCGGGAAGAGUUUCAGACAUAGAGGAAAUUAUAAUGAUCACAUGAAAAUCCACACUGGAGAGAAGCAGUACGCAUGUGAACAGUGUGCUAAGAGUUUCAUACAAAAAGGACAGCUUAAUGAACACAUGAAAAUCCACACUGGAGAGAAGCCCUUCACAUGUGAAGAGUGCGGGAAGAGUUUCAGAAAGUCAAGUGUUUUCAAAGUACAUCUGCUCACUCAUUCUAGAGAAAGAAUUUAUAAGUGUGACCAGUGCAGUAAAACAUUUUUUAGGCCAGAUUUCCUGAAGGACCACAUGACAGUGCAUACACAGGAGAGGCCUUACAUAUGUUCUUUGUGUGCAAAGAGCUUUAGACAGAUGGGUAAUUUAAAAACACAUCUGAAAAGACACAGCGGUGUGAAGGAUCAUAUUUGCUCUGAGUGUGGAAAGAUGUUUUUUACAGUUCAUGCACUGAAAAAGCACCAGACAGUUCACACCGGAGAAAAACCUAACCAGUGUUCACACUCUGACAAGACAUUCACAUGGCCAGAAUAUCUGGAAAUACAUGAGACGAUCCACACAGAAGAGAAGCCACACACGUGUGAUCAGUGCGGGAAGAAGUUCAGACUUAAAGGAUUUCUCUAUGAACACAUGAAAAUUCACACGGGAGCGAUGCCGUACACAUGUGAUCAGUGCGGGAGGAAAUUCAGACAUAAAGGAAGCCUUAAUACACACAUGAGAAUCCACACUGGAGAGAAACCCUUCUCAUGUGAUCAGUGCGGGAAGAGUUUCAGACAUAAAGGAAAUUAUAAUGAUCACAUAAAAAUCCACACUGGAGAGAAGCCCCACUCAUGUGAUCAGUGCGGGAGGAGUUUCAUACAGAAAGAACACCUUAAAAAACACAUGAGUAUCCACACUGGAGAGAAACCCUUCACAUGUGAACAGUGCGGAAAGGGUUUCUUAAAAAAAGAACGCCUUAAAAAACACAUGAAAAUACACUGAUCACAUGUGUACGGCUUCUCUUCAGUGCGGUAAGAUUUUCAGACUUAAAGGAACUCUUAAUGAACACAUGAAAAUCCAUACUGGAGAGAAGCCCUUCACAUGUGAACAGUGUGGAAAGAGUUUUAGAAAGUCAAGGGUUUUAAAAGAACAUCUGCAUACUCCUUCUGGAGAAAGACUACAGUCAUGGCCAAAAGUUU